AUGGAAGGUAAACUUAAUUUAUAUCUAGACAUUUUUAAAUAGCCUUCUAAUAAAUUCUUCAUUAUUAAAUAUAAGACAAGAGGAUAAGCAGAUUAAAGUCUUAAUAAUAAAGUCAUUUUUGUUUAAAAAAGAUUUGAUUUGUAAUUAAGAAAUGCAGCCUAAGUAUGCGAGUAAGUAGGAGUCUUUUUGAGUUGUUUAGAUCAGAAAUCUUUUAUUGCUUUUGGUACAAUUUAGAAUGAACCAACUGAUUUCGAUUAUCUUACCGUAUUUCUAAAAGUUAACUCAUUAGGAGGAAUAAUAGCAAAAUUUAAGUAAAUUGCAAGAAUUUUUCUAAUCAUUUGUGAAGGUAGAGUGGAUGUUUAAAGGAGUGCUUAAUUUUGAAAAAACUUAAAAUAUCAAAAAUGAUUUGAAUGAAAUGAAACCUAUCAAUCAUUGUAAAGAUGUAUAAGAAUUAACUUAUCAGACAGCAGAAUAAGUAAUAAAUACAGAAUUAUACUAAGUUAUUUUCAUUACUAUAAAAAUAAAAACCAUAUAAACCUUAACCUUAAUAAGAUAUAAGAAUACCACAUUAAUUAAAUAAAAUUUUUAGGGAAAAUUUUGGGGAAAAUAAUAGUGACAAAUAAAUAAGUAGUAAAAGUAGAAGUCGACUUAGAGAAAAGGAUUAAGAUAAUGAUAAAUUUAAAGAUUAAGAUGAUGAUAAAGAUAAAGAUAGAAGAAAAUAAAGCAAAGAUAGAAAAAAAGAAAAGAAAAGUUAUGAUCAUAAAAGCAGAGAUAGAAGAAGUAAAGAUAGAAUAAGUAAAGAUAGAAUAAGUAAAGAUAAAAAACAACAUAGCAAUGAAAAAUAAAAUUACAGAGAAGAUAAAAGCUUAAAUAUUUAAGAAUUUGUUAUUGAUGAUAGUAUACUAAUACAUAAUAGAUAAUAGAUAAGGAUUUAAGAGAUUUUGAAAAAUAAAAAGAAAGACAGGCAAGAGAAUAAGAAUAAAUUAAAGAAAAGGAUUAAAGAGAAAGGGAUAGAACUAAGGAAUAAAGAGAUAGAGAAAAAGAAAAAAAAUAAUUAAAAGAACUAGAAAAAAGAGAAAGAGAAGAAAAAGAAAUGAUAGAUAAGUAUAAAUAAUAAGAGAGAGAAAGAGAUAAAGAUAAAGAGAGAGAAAAAAAAGAUAGAGAAAAAGAUAGAGAAAGAGACAGAUAAAAGGAUACAGAUUAUAAUAGAGAUAGAGAAAAAUUGGAUAAAGGCAGAUAUAAUAAAAAAGAUGAUCUUAAAUAUAGAGAUAGGAAUGAUUCUAAGCAUGAUUAUGAUAAAAGAAGAAAGGACAAAGAAAGAGAUAAAAAUAAUAGGGAGAGGUCUAUAGAUUAAUCUUAUGAGAAAUCAGAUAGAAAAGAUAGAGACAGUAAAAAAGAUAAAGAAAGGUAGAGAGGUGGAGACACAGAAAGAGAGAGAGAUUACAAUUAUCAUAAGAAACAAAAAGAUUAUAGAAGAGAGACAAAGAGGAAGAGAAGCGAGGAAAGAUUAAAGCCUAGAUCUAGAAGUGAUGAAAGACGCCAAGAUCAUAACUAAAAUAAAAAUAAGAAAGCACUUGAUAUUGCUUCAUUAAGUGAACUACAAAGAGAAUUAUAGUACCAAAAAUAAAUAAAAUAGUUCAUCUGUAUCACUAUAAUCCCAUAAAAAUGAGUAAUAGUAAAAAGAUUGUGAAUUAGAAGUAUUUUCUAAGUUACCAAAAUAGAAAGACGAAGUAGAUUUAGGAGUAAUUUUGGAUGUUUUGGAUUCUCCUAAAUAAAAUGAUUAAUAAUUUCAGCCUCUAAUUUAACCCGUUAUGAUUACAUAUAAUGAAUAAGCAGUAUUAACUAAAUAAAGUGAAUUACACUAAUAAAACAAUCAUAGUGAUUCAAAAAAAAGAAUAUUAGUUGUGAAAUAGGAGAAAAGCCAAAGUAUACCAGAUAUUGUUGAUUAAAAAAAAUCAUAAUAGUCAGGUUCAAUGAAGAUCAUAAAAGAUGCUCCUGUUAAAAUUAUUUAAUAAAUAAAUAAUCAACAAAGUUAUUAAGAAUCUAAGCAAGUAUUCAUUAUUAAAUAUUGAAAAGGGUAGUGGGAAUUCUAUUAAAGAUAGGAUAAUACUUAAAAAAAAAUGA